UGUUGGGUUGGUAGGUAGCUGUGUACUCUUACCGCUGUCUGUCAGUCUACCGGCCUCACAGUCGCAUCAUGAUUCCCUUCACCGUGAAUAUGAAGCUGUCCACACGCACCCUUACCGGAGCGCUCACCCCGCAAAACAAGGGGGCACUGGACUGGGGUUGCCAGGGUCUCAUUGCAUAUGGAUGCCACUCGCUAGUUCUUGUGGUGGAUCCUAGAUCAGCACAGACACUUCAGGUCUUGGAAAAACACAAAGCCAAUGUGGUGAAGGUUAAAUGGGCUAGAGAAAACUACCAUCAUAAUAUGGGCUCUCCAUAUUCACUUCGUCUGGCAUCUGCUGACACCACUGGAAAGAUCAUUGUGUGGGAUGUUACAACUGGUGCAACACGGUGUGAAAUACAAGAACACUCCAAGCCCAUCCAUGACAUGCAAUGGCUGUGGAGUCAGGAUGCCUCACGGGACCUGCUGCUAGCCGUUCAUCCUCCUAACCUAAUUGCGCUGUGGAACGCGGAUACCGGCACAAAGCUGUGGAAGAAAAGCUACGCAGAAAACAUCCUGUCCUUCUCCUUCAAUCCUUUUCAGCCAACACAACUUGCCUUGUUAACCAGUGAGGGCAUUGUGUUUGUCUCGGACUUCUCUCCAUCUAAGCCUCCCACAAGUAGCGGCCGCAAGGUGUAUAUCUCCAGUCCUAAUGCCAGCCCAGCUCACACCAAGCCCGUCCCCACCACCACAGGUGCCAAGAAAGCACUCAACAAAGUGAGGAUCCUUAUCACCAAUGAGAAGCCUAACUCUGAGGCAGUGACAUUGAACGAAUGUCUGCAAUUGUCCUAUCUACCUUCCAAACGUAACCACAUGCUCCUGUUGUACACGCGGGAGAUCCUCAUUCUGGACCUCGAGGUCAAUCAGACUGUAGGAGUUGUAGCUAUUGAGAGGACGGGCGUCCCUUUCCUGCAGGUGAUCCCAUGCUUUCAAAGGGAUGUACUGUUCUGUCUACAUGAGAACGGCUGCAUUACCCUACGUGUUGGAAGACAAAGCUAUGGCGGCACAGGCUCGGUGACCGAUGAGACAGACUCUGAUCCUGUGCCGGAGAUGACCUAUGACCUCAGGUGCCAAUGUGAUGCCAUACGAGUGACUAAAACAGUUCGUCCUUACAGCAUAGCCUGUUGCCCCAUCAAUGAGAAUGAAGCUGCUCUGAUAAUCAGUGAUGGGCGUGUCAUGAUAUGGGAGCUGAAGUCCGGUGUUGUGGGAAGAAAGCCGCAACACAAGAGCGGUUCUAGCACUGUUGCCUUAUAUGCCCCUCUCUCAUUCUGUGGGAAGCCAGUGGGAUCUCUCCAAAGGAAAUUUCCAGAUCUGUCCUUAGACAGUAUGAUUGGGGGUCAGAGCCUGCUGGCUGCAGAUGCAUCUGUUGGAGGUCACCAACAAGAAGUUCAUCUCAAGUUUCUGCUCACUGGUCUCCUCUCUGGGCUGCCACAGGGUCAGUUUGUAGUGAGGAUGUGCCCCCCGCUCACCACAAAGAACAUUACUCAGUACAAGCCCCUUCUGGCAGUUGGUACCAGCAAUGGAUCAGUCUUGGUCUACAACCUGAUAAGUGGACUGCUGCACAAAGAGUUAAACAUCCAUUCCUGUGAGAUCAGAGGCAUUGAAUGGAGCAGUCUCACAAGCUUUUUGUCUUUUGCUACAUCAACUCCAAAUAAUCUUGGACUAGUGAGAAACGAGCUGCAGCUGGUCGAUCUUCUUACAGGAAGAAGUGUGGCAUUUCGAGGUGAACGCGGUAAUGAUGAGCAACCCAUGGAAAUGAUUAAAGUAUCACACCUGAAACAGUACUUGGCUGUGGCGUUUAAAGACAAACCCCUGGAAUUAUGGGAUAUCAGGACAUGCACCUUGCUGCGAGAAAUGCCUAGAAGCUUCCCUUCAGUGACAGCCCUGGAGUGGUCCCCAUCUCACAACCUUAAGAGUCUCAGAAAAAAGCAGAUGGCAGCACGAGAGGCAAUGGCACGCCAGACUGUCUCUUCAGACACAGAGCUAAACAGCGUAGAGUCUUCUGUCAUCAGUCUGUUACAGGAAGCAGAAAGCAAAUCGGAGCUGACUCAGAAUAUCACAGCACGGGAGCAUUUUGUGUUCACUGAUACGGAUGGGCAAGUUCAUCAUCUCACCGUGGAGGGCAACUCUGUCAAAGACAGCGCAAGAAUCCCUCCAGAUAGCAGUAUGAGCAGCAUUUCCUGCAUUGCAUGGAAGGGGGACAUCUUAGUCCUGGGAGAUGUUGAUGGCAAUUUAAACUUCUGGGAUUUAAAAGCCCGUGUCUCAAGGGGAAUUCCUACUCAUAGGAAUUGUGUAAGGAAGAUCCGCUUUGCUCCUGGAAAAGGCAACCAGAAACUUGUAGUUCUGUACAAUGAUGGAGCAGAGGUUUGGGACACCAAAGAGAUUCAGAUGGUGAGCAGCUUACGUACAGGGAGGAAUGUGAAUUACCGCGUUCUGGACGUUGAUUGGUGUUCCUCUGACAAGGUCAUCCUGGCGUCAGAUGACGGCUGUGUCCGUGUGCUGGAGAUGUCUAUGAAAUUAUCUUCCAUCAGGAUUGAUGAACAGGAGCUAAUUGAUCCGGUCUGGUGUCCUUAUCUGCUGCUUCCAAAGGCAUCUUUUGUUCUCAAAGCUUUCCUGCUGCACCAGCCAUGGGCUGACAAAUGUUCUAUGGAUAUAUCAUCUGUAGACUACCCAGAGCACGAGGACAUGAAGUUCCUUAUCCAGCAACAGAUCAACGCUCUGUCCAAUGAUGCGAAGGACCUGCUACUGGAUCCACAUUUCACGCUUCUGCAGAGGUGUCUUCUUGUUGCGAGAUUAUAUGGUGAUGAAUCUGAGCUGCACUUCUGGACAGUGGCUGCACACUACCUGCAAGUCUUCCAAAGAGGAGAGUCGCACACAGGCCCAGCAAACCCUUUGGACAUCUGCUAUGAUGUGUUAUGUGAGAAUGCGUACUUUCAGAAAUUCCAGCUGGACCGAGUUUAUCUUCAGGAAGUGAAACGUUCCAGCUAUGAACAUACCAGGAAAUGUGCAGACCAGCUUCUCCUCCUAGGACAGACAGACCGUGCCGUGCAACUCCUGCUGGAAACCAGCGCUGACAACCCGCAGUAUUACUGUGACUCACUUAAAGCUUGUCUGGUGACCACCGUCACCUCUUCUGGUCCAUCACAAAGCACCAUCAAACUGGUGGCAACCAACAUGAUAGCAAAUGGGAAGCUGGCAGAGGGGGUGCAGCUACUCUGCUUGAUUGAUAAAGCUGCUGACGCGUGCCGCUACCUGCAGACCUACAACGAGUGGAACCACGCUGCCUGGCUGGCUAAGGUGCGUUUGAACCCAGAGGAGUGUGCCGAGGUCCUAAAGCGUUGGGUUGACCAUCUCUGCUCCCAGCAAAUUAACCAGAAGUACAAAGCAAUCCUUGUGCUUCUUUCUCUCGGCUGUUUUACUCGGGUGACAGAGAUGCUGCACAACAUGAGGUGUUUUGACCGUGCUGCCUCGUUCCUUGAAGCCUGUCUGCAGUGUGGCGCCAUUGAAGUCACUGAUGAAACAAAUAAGCUGAUUUCAGCCGUGUUUGCAGACUACUCUCGUAAUCUCCGCACCGUUGGAUUCACACACGGAGCUCUGAGGUUUGCCCUGAAGGCUGGCGAUGCUGGUGCUGAGUUACUGUCUGAGCUUCAGGCUCCAAAGAAAGAGGAAGAAAAAUGAGCAGAAACUAUACACUAUCUUGUAAACUGAACCUCUUGCAGCUGCCCUUGCUUGAUGAGCAUAGGCAACAGAGAGUAGGAUACAGGUACUGGUCUUCAUAAGGUACCUAGUAACCUUGCAGCUUCCUACAGGCUUGGACGGCUGUGGUCCUACAGCAAUCACAGGCAAAGGUGCGGACUGUAUUUAAAGUGACACUAUUGUUAACAUCAACUUUUUGUCACAAUCCCAAGGGACAGUACAGAAGUUCCUUUAUAUAACUAUAAAAUACCUGAUCAACAAUUCCUAAUUACAUUCAUAGUUACAAAAUAAUAUAGUCAGAUUAGUAAAAAAAACUCCUUUCAAAACAGUCAACAUCAACCGUAAACAAUGAAGCGCAGAUUAACACCAACUCCCAGUCCCAAUAAUGAUUUCUCGCUAAAUUUCCUGAGUGCAUUAGUAGGGUAUGCUGUGAAUAAUGAGAAAAUAUAUUUCUCUUCAGAAAAUAGGAGCAAAGAGUGUGAAACUUGACAUAUAAAUAUGUGAUUCCAAAUCACAUGAGGAUAAACCUUGGAAACUGAAGACAUGAGCUUUCAAACGUCUUGAAAUGGUUAUUAGUUCUUUAACAGCUUGACUUCCCCACAAGGGUCCAAUACAAUGUGUAGUAAGGUGGUGCAGAAUUUUGUUUGAUCACCAAAUGGUUAAUACAAAUGUGAUUAAUACAUAAAAACUGCACUGAUGGUGGUGUUCUUGCAGAUACUAAACAGAAUACCUAUGGCUGCUACAUAUGACAUUUUCUGUCCUAUGCACCCUGCCAGCAGCUGCUAAAUAUUGUUAUUAUGUACAAGGAGUUGUCCUGCUUUUCAGCUGAUCUUUAUCUCUUCAGCUUGGACAGACGGACAUUUUCUAGCUUUUUAGAGUUUUUUGCACAGUAAAAUGAAGUCUUUUUGUUUCAGAUGCCUUGAGUUAUUUAAUUUUUCCCCAUAAUAAAUGUCUUUAUUUUGCACUAAAAAUGUACAAAACUGCACCAAAAAUUGUUACAACUGCCUUCUUUAUUGCUGGUUGGUACGAUAGCCCCCUGCAGUGUUUUUUCUUUUUCUGACUCCCAUAUUUCAUUGUAACGCUACUCCCAUUAUCUCACCACAUUUACAACACACAGAUUGGUAAACUUCUCUCUAGCCAGCUCAUACUCAUUCUACCUGGGAGGAUUCAGAUGUUUAUGGAGCUUUUCCUGCAUGAAGAUUUUAGCUGCCAUCUUUUUUCUUACAUAAUUCUUCUUACGUAAUUCUUCUUAAAAAAUAUAAUGUAUGCACCCUGUGCGCAGUGGAUGGUUUACAUGGGCGCUGAGGGGCCCUGUGAGCAGUGGAUGGUUUACAUGGGUGCUGAGGGGUCCUGUGCGCAGUGGAUGGUUUACAUGGGCGCUGAGGGGUCCUGUGCGCAGUGGAUGGUUUACAUGGGCGCUGAGGGGUCCUGUGCGCAGUGGAUGGUUUACAUGGGCGCUGAGGGGUCCUGUGCGCAGUGGAUGGUUUACAUGGGCGCUGAGGGGCCCUGUGCGCAGUGGAUGGUUUACAUGGAUGCCAGGGUAAGACUUUGCACCGCUUUGGCCAUAUCUGACAUACAUUUCUUUCUUGAACUUGUGACCUUAGCUCGAUUUCCUCUGUGCACUGCAAGUUAGGACCUGUGAUCUAACAGCGGCAGAGACACUAGCUAUAUGUUUAGGCACCCAGGGUGCAUAAUAGUUAUUUGGCUGCAUUUUUAAUCACCCAAAAUUCUAUUUUCAGUUUGGCCUGUAAGUGAAAAAUAAAUGGCAACGUGCUCAUCAUUUGGCAACCAGAAUACAUUAUCUGAAACAGCAGAGUCUUCAUAUAUAUAGUGUGCACACAGUUUUCUAGCUACAUUCUCCUGUUAAGCUUUGAAGGGUGUGCAGUGAGAGAGAUGAUCCUGAUUAAUUUUAUACUCUAAGCAGCUAUGUCUCUUUCAUAUACGGAGUAUGGAAUUUGUAGUCACACUGCAUUAAGUGGCUCGUGUCUGCCUUUAACUCCACUACAGACACCUAUCAUCCAGCAGUAAAAUCCCAUCCUAUGCUAGCUAGUAACAGCAGGCUGCCAGGCCUUUGUGAGUGAGGAUAGACGUGAUCACAAAUUGUUUAGCUAGUUUAUAAACUCCAGGUCUACGUGUGGGUGCUGCACUAUAUGUGUGUGUCAAAUAGAGGGCAUGGGGUCCUUUUCCUGAAAAACAUAGAUCUCUGGGGAACUUCAUUAAUCAUAGCUGCAUAACCUAAGCCCUUUAUUUCCACUGUUGCCUUUUUCUGAUUUGUUAGUCAUCUCUGUAAUUGCACCACAUUUUAUACUGUUAUUAAUUGUAUAGAAUGGCAUUGGCACUGCUCAUAUUUUUGUUUAGAUAUUAAUUUUGUAAAAUUUCUGGUAUUUUUUCAUGAAACUUGUUUUUUAAUCAUAAUGAUGAUCAUAUACAUAAGCAAAAACCCAAACACUAGAUCCUGCAAUAUCCUGUAUUAAUUUAAAAGUUUUAUCAGACUUGGAUGUAAUAAGAGAAAGCAAUAAUAUAAUGCAGGUUCUUUGUUUUCAAAGUAAACCUGUAGCAAAUAGUAGAUCAAUGCUUUCAUGUCCCAGCUAGCAUUGGAAGGGUUAAUUUUAUGUAGAUUUGUUACUUCAAUGUCUGAUGAGCAGAUAUUCUGCAUUCAACCACAGUAGAGUUGGUGCUGUACAAAAACUACAGAAUAUUUAGGAACCAUAUUUUAUUUGUAGGUAGGUGGAUACUAUAGACUCUCACUUUUGUUUUCAUUUAUAUUUACACCAGGACAGGGACCUGUCCAUACCCACGCAAUGCAGAACAAUCUUGCUCUGUCCAUUUAUGUUCUUUAUGUCAUAAUGAGAUUUUGCUAAAUUCACAAAAGGCUGUGUAGUUUCAGCUGGAUUUAGAUUUGCUGUAAGUAAACUGCUGAAAACCUGAAACCAAGAUGCUUGUAAAUAGAGCGAUUGUUAAAUCAUUUGGCAAGACGUCUUUGACCCCAAACUCUCUAGAGGGAGAACAGAUUUUACAUUCUGCUCUUUCCCCCGCUCCUCUGUUACUAAACAUUGUACAGAGGUGUGGUGGGUACGACUGUCAACAGUUGUCAGAUUUAAGUAAACUACCCCAAAGCCUUAUUAUGAAGAAGAGGAUAAAUGGGCAGAGCAGAGAUCCCUGUCUCAUAAACAGGAAGUUAUGAGUGAGGAUCUAUAACCUCCUAUCUCCUGCCUCUCCAGUCCAUCCUGGCUCCACUGUCAGAUAAUACUCUGGGAGGUAAAUAUACAAUUGUGAAACACCAAAAGGUUUGUGUAUGAACUGUCAAUAGCAUUUCAUUGUGCAGCAGCUCUGUCUGUGAAUAAGAGCACAUGCAGUGAGUAGACUUUUUACAUAUAGACUUUGAUUUGUAUAUAUAACAAGACUGUCUAGUGAAGAGUAUUGUUUUACCGGUGCAAAAUAAAACCGUUCUAUCUGGGACUGGUCUAAAAUGUGCCCACAUUCUUUUUGCUUGAUUGUAAUCUCAACAUUCAAUGUUAUUCUGUGUAAGUAACAUAAAUAGGACACUAAAUAGUUAACUGCCAGGGCACUUAUGUAUUUGGUAUUGGUUCCAUUACAUUACAGCUCUGUGCAUUUUCCAUUGAAUUUUACUGAUGGGAGAAUUUGCAAACCCAGCUGAUCUGUGCUACUCUAAAGUGCAGAGAGUGAUGUAUGGACGGGUUAUUGAGAUUUGUAUCUGUUUGUGUGUUUACUUCUGUUGAAUAUGUAAAUAAAAGUGUCAUGUUUAAACAA